AUGCCAAACCGCCACCAUCUCUGCACUCCCUCUCCUUCCAUCUCGCUCUUCCUCUUCAUCUUCUUCUUCUCCGUGAGCUUCCAUGGCGUCCGCUCCGCUUUCUCGACCAUUUGCGACCCUGCCGCAUCAUUGUUCCUAUGCGGCAACGUCACUGUCCGAUAUCCAUUCUGGAAUGACAGCGACACCCCCGUGCACUGCGGCUACCCAGGCCUCGGCCUCGAAUGCCCGUAUGGCUAUCAUUACCCGAUCCUCAAUCUUCCGGGCGACGCCUACUUCGUCACCGACAUCAACUACAACGACGAAACCCUGACUCUCGUCGACAUCGACGUCACCGACGUAGCCGGCCAGGGAUGCCCCAGGGCCCGCCACAACCUCACGAUCGGCUCGCUCCCGCUCGGUUACAACUCCGCCGACGUCAAUCUCACCUUUUUCUUCAACUGUAACACUUCUCUGGGGAUGCCCAUCGACACUGUGGCCAUCGAUUGCUUGCUAUCCGGUGAUAAGCGGUCGUACGUGUUCGUGAACAUGAGCCGGGAGGAAGAGGCGGCGUUCGAUGAGGUGUGGGACUGCGAGGAGAUGGUGGUGGCGGCGGUGAAGGGGACGGAGGUGACGGCGGCAAACGUGGUGGAGCGGUUCGCCGGGGCGAUGAGCCAGGGGUUCGUGCUCGACUGGGAGGCGGCGAAGGAGUGCGGCACGUGCGAGCACUCCGGCGGGCGAUGCGCGUUCAACCAGACCAAGCAGGUGCAGUGCUUCUGCAACGACGAGUCGAUUCACGCGGACGGUUCGGCAUGCAAAGGUAAGAACGAGGUUUGUGUCUGUCAGUUUUCUUUGCCAUUGUUCGUAAGUGGUUUCUGCAUUUUGUUCGCCAAUCGCCAUGCUUACUUUUUCAAUGCUUGUCACUUCUUAGUUGCGUGUGAUUUGAUUUCUGCCAUAUGUUUUGAUGUUGCCGCAGCCGUUAGAAUAUAG